AUGGAUACGCUAGCCAGCGUCAUCAGACAGGACGAUCACAAAGAUAUUCAGGAAAAUCUAAAUUCACUGGAUUACAGAGAGCACAGGGAUAGGAAGAUGGCCGGCUCCAGGGAAGAUUCUUUCGUUAAGCCCAUUUGGCAACUACAGAGGAGGAUCAGGGAAGAGGGCAGGGCACCCAGAGGUUCCGCAACUAUAACACGAUUGAAAGUCAGGUUGGGGCGACUGGAGUCUUCCACCCCCAGCGUUCAGUACAACCCGGAAAUCUACAAGUUGACUCCUAACUUCGAGACCCUGAAUAAUCAGCUGAAGACAGUUUUGGAGGAGUUGUCUGUCCUUGAAUCCCGUCAGAAGCUCCUCAAACAAAAGCGGAGGAAACAGAAGUCUGAGAUUGCUACGAUGAAGGAGGACUACCAGGACUUGAAGAAGGAACUUGACCAGGAGCAGGGCACCUUGGACGAGGCGGGAGUAGCCGAGUUAAAGCAGGAGUUGGAGAAGAUGGACGAAGAGAUGCAGCAGAAAGAGGCAGACGUGGCAGAUCUAGUGGUUCAGGAGAGGGACGUGGCCCGAGAGAUAUCUGCCAAGAAGGACAUCUGUGAUGUUCAUCAAAGGAAACUGGUUUCCAUGUGUGCAAAGGCACGAAAUGAAUAUUCCAUGAAGCAGAUAAAGAAAGAUUUCAGAGCAGGAAUAAGGGAGUUGAAGCAGAAGUCUGAGAGCGUGUUAGUGGAGGAGGACGAUAUCCUGGACUAUGACGAUGGCGACUGUGAUGACGAGGAUGACACAGGCAACAUGGUGGAUAACCUGAAGGUGUUCUGUGUCAGCUCCACCGACUAUAUGAAGAUGACGAGCCUGUUGACAGAUGUUGAUGGGGCACCCCAGGUAUUCAGUACCCCGGAGGAGACCCAGAUCCCAGCUCUGAGGGAGUUCGUCCACGCCACCUCUCUACAACGACGGGAUCGUGGAGUGCGGCAGGUCGUGGAGAAACUUGGACACUUUGUGUUUGAUCUGGAUAAUUAUCUGAAGAUGUCAGAGUAUAAUGGAAAGGGAGGUGGCAAAGUUCAGCCUGUUGUGACGAAGCACGUGACAGACCUUCUGCAGAAGAUCGACCCAAUCGUAUCCCAGCUGAGCAAAGACAUCCGAGAUCUGUUUGACCGCUGCCUAAAUCCCAUCAUAAAAGAUGGAUCCCAGCUUGCGGGUCAGAGAGCUCGGACCACCAGUGACAGGUGGGGUAGCAAGGUGAACAAAGAAAACCGGCGCCUUGGUGGCCUGGCUUUCAUGACGUAUCGAGCAACGGUUUCAAGGCAGGGCAAGUAUAGCUCGCCGACGGCUGGAGUCAUUGACUUCAACACUGACCUGGCACAACCCCUCCUGGAAGCUGUCGCAAGCAGCUGGAGCCAGGUGUUUGGGUCACUCUUCUGGUGCACACUGGAGAAGGUGAAAACUUCCAUGAUGGCAGCACUGGGAACCUUCAACGAAGAUGUCAAGAACAACUUGGCUCUUGGUGGCUUUGACAAACUUCAGAUAGACACUGUCAUGCUUCAAAUUCUUCGGGAAUGCCACUGCAAAGCUGAAUGAAAUGGUUGAUCUGAUGAAAGGUUAUGUGACAAGCGAACAGAGGGACAUCUCCAGAAUCAUUACCCCCAAUAUACAGAUGGCCAUGUUGAAGGUCUACGACAUGGCAAGUAGAGAACGUGGCAUGG